CAGGAGUUUCAAGCUGUGACUGGUGUCAACCUUGAGAAAGAAUUUCUCAACUUCAUCAAUGUGCAUGGAGACAGGUGUCUUUAUUUAACAAAGACACUCCGCAGUGCAAAGGAGCCUCUAUCAAAAAUAGAGACUGAGAUGGCCACACUUGAAGGCGAUGCUAAGAAACGCAGUGCAACAUUGAAAGACAGACUGGCAAGGGUAAAAACAAAUGAUCAGAAAUGUUGGCACACCGCUUUGCUGUUGGAGUGGUCGAGAUAUUGGCCUUCCUGGUGAAGGAAAAACCACAUUUUUUAGGAAGGCUGGAUGUCUACCCGGCACUUAUCACCAAGGACACUGAAGACGGAACAAUUUUGUUUGCGGCAUUUGAAGGGUUGGAAUUGGAAGCCCUCGACUUGAUAGGAGGAUUUGUUCUGCUCAUGGAACUUUACUGGGUUUUCAAUGUAAAGUACAGUCACAAGAACAAAAAUGUUUUUGCACUUGUUGAACAUUUUUGUGGACUGCCAUCAUCAAGACCAGCAACACUUGGGACACUGCAGGCAAUUUCAGCAAUUAAGAAGCUGCAGACCUUGCCAGAGAAGGAAUGAUUAUAUACAAUAAUUUAAUAAAAUUUAUUUGUACA